AUGCUUGCGGAAGAUGAAUAUCUAGCCUUCGACAAUGAUCUCGGGGAAUUUGAUCCUGACGAUUACCUGGACUCAUGUAUUGAAGAAGUGGAUUCCUCACCCCCUCCCCUUGCCGACCCUCCUCCUCGCACGCAUGCGCGCUCCACACUAUACGAGAACUACACCCGCGCGCUCAGCAACAGCAUGGAGGCUGGUGGGAUGUCUCUCGAGGAUCGCGUUCUCGCAUGUAUCGAUUACAUGAACACAACAGGCAUCAAUCUUUUGAAUCAGGCCAGUGUGAAUCAGUCUCGCCCUAGCAUUCAGAGCGGACACCAACCGCAUCAUCCCUCUCAACAACACUAUAACCUAGUAGACCUGGAAGUGGACAACACAGGUGUCCCACCGUCUGCCCAGCAAGUUGUGGUCGGCAUCGAGGAUGGGACUACUCUUCCCGAGGCGGACACCACCGGCCCUGAUGUUGUCCCCCGUCGAGACCCUUUCCUGAUGGCGAACCAAGGCAGUGAACUGUCAGAACUCGAAACCACUCAGGAGCGCUUCGGCGCCUCUGAAGGUACUGUAUUGCGAUCUCAGGCCGCCAAUGGUGCCCAAGCCGGCUGGGAAGCCUUGCCUGCAAUGGAAGCCACCGUAGACGAGACUCUCGAUGCCGUGGAAUUGCGUUGGGUAGGGUCCGAGUUCAUCUACUUCCUCGACAUACGUGAUGGUCAGCGGGACAUCAGCGACGAGUGA